GAUGCUGUGUGGUAGGGUAGCGUACGACGUCAGCCUUGUGCACACAACAGGGUUAUGUUGUAUUCUAAACUGGGUAGGUGACCACAGAACAAUUUUCAUAGACCGGAUUUAACACAUUUUGAUUUUUUUAAAACACGGUGACAACCUUAUUAACAAAUAAAUACAGUUGAGGUCGACUGGAAAAACGCCAACCUUCUCUACCAAAGGCUGGAGAGGACAGAUCCCUUUGCCUUGAUGAAGGCUGUAUUUUGAACCAAUGUCUCAAUUUGGAGGAAGAUAUUCUAUCUGUAGCUGAUAAAGGAGCUGUCCGUGGCGCUGAAUUCCAGAUCCACAGAGAUCCCCAGUUCACACCCAUGCCCUUGUGCCACUCCUGAUAUCUCCCGUUCCUAGCAGCAACCAACCUCACCGCCAGAGCCAAGAUGGACGACGGCUACGGACAAGACGGACGUCAGGACUUCAUCCGCGGUGCCAAAGACAUCGCCAAGGUGGUGAAGAAGCAGGCGGGCAAGAAGGUGGGCCGCGGUGUGGACAAAAUGGCCGACGAGUACACCAAGCGCUCAUACAAGCGCUUCGAGGAAGAGGACGAGGAUGACGACUACCCCGUGCAGCAGAGCCAAGAUGGCGACGGCUACUACCGCAAUGACAGCCGGGCCAACGACGACGAGGGCGGCCACAGCGACUCCACGGAAGGUCACGACGAAGACGAUGAGAUCUACGAGGGAGAGUACCAGGGGAUCCCCCGGGCGGAGUCCGGCAAAACGGGUCCGGGGGACGGGAUGGCCCCCCAAGCUCAGAUCAGGGACCUGGCCCAGUUCGAGGCGGAGAGGAGGAAGGAUCAGGAGGAGUUGGCCCAGCAGUACGAGACCAUCCUGCAGGAGUGUGGCCAUGGGAAGUUCCAGUGGACGCUGUACUUUGUGCUGGGGCUGGCCCUCAUGGCAGACGGUGUGGAGAUCUUCGUGGUGGGCUUUGUGCUGCCCAGCGCAGAGAAGGACAUGUGUCUGUCAGAGGAAAGCAAGGGCAUGUUGGGUCUUAUUGUGUACCUGGGGAUGAUGGUGGGGGCCUUCCUGUGGGGCGGCCUGGCCGACCGGAUUGGACGGCGACAGACCCUCCUCAUCUCCCUCUCCAUCAACAGUGUGUUUGCCUUCUUCUCCUCCUUCGUUCAAGGAUACAGCUCCUUUCUUUUAUGCCGUCUGCUCUCCGGUGUGGGUAUCGGUGGCUCCAUCCCCAUCGUGUUCUCCUACUAUUCUGAGUUCCUGGCCCAGGAGAAGAGAGGAGAGCACCUCAGCUGGCUCUGCAUGUUCUGGAUGAUCGGUGGCAUCUACGCCUCUGCCAUGGCCUGGGCCAUCAUCCCCCACUAUGGCUGGAGUUUCCAGAUGGGCUCUGCGUACCAGUUCCACAGCUGGCGUGUCUUUGUGUUAGUGUGUGCCUUCCCCUCUGUGGCAGCCAUCUCUGCCCUCACCACAAUGCCCGAGAGCCCACGCUUCUUCCUGGAGAAUGGGAAACACGAUGAGGCUUGGAUGAUUCUGAAGCAGGUCCAUGACACCAACAUGAGGGCGAAGGGCUACCCAGAGAGGGUCUUCUCUGUGACCACCAUCAAGACAGUUAAGCAGAUGGAUGAGCUGGUGGACAUGGGAGAGGGCACCGCCUGGCACCAGAAAUGGAGGAUGAAGCUGGCUGACCUGUUCAACCAGGUGUGGAGCAACUUCCUGGCCAUAUUCUCUCCUGAGUACCGCCGCACCACUCUCAUGAUGAUGGCUGUGUGGUUCUCUAUGUCGUUCAGUUACUAUGGGCUGACGGUGUGGUUCCCUGACAUGAUCAAGUAUCUCCAGAAGCAGGAGUACUCCUCGCGCACCAGGGUCUUCAUCAAGGAGAAGGUGGAGCACGUCACCUUCAACUUCACCCUGGAGAACCAGGUGCACCGCAAUGGAGAGUACUUCAACAACAAGUUUAUGAAUCUGAAGAUGAAGUCUAUGGUGUUCGAGGAUUCUCUGUUUGAGGAGUGCUACUUUGAAGACAUCACCUCCAGCAACACCUUCUUCAAGAACUGCACCUUCAUCGCCACCCUCUUCUACAACACAGAUCUGUUCAAAUACAGGCUGAUCAACAGCAAACUGGUCAACAGCACCUUCCUGCACAACAAGGAGGGCUGCAUGCUUAGCGACUUCAGCGACGAGAACAGUGCCUACAUGAUAUACUUUGUCAGCUUCCUGGGCACCCUGGCUGUGUUGCCCGGCAACAUCGUGUCGGCGCUGCUCAUGGACAAGAUCGGACGGCUGAGGAUGCUGGCGGGCUCAAGUGUUAUCUCUUGUGUCAGCUGUUUCUUCCUGUCGUUUGGCAACAGCGAGUCGGCCAUGAUCGCUCUGCUCUGUCUGUUUGGGGGCAUCAGCAUCGCCUCCUGGAAUGCCCUGGACGUGCUGACGGUGGAGCUUUACCCCUCUGACAAGAGAUGCACAGCGUUUGGCUUUCUAAACGCCCUCUGUAAGCUGGCAGCCGUGUUGGGCAUCAGCAUCUUCACCUCUUUCGUGGGCAUUACCAAGGCUGUGCCCAUCCUGUUCGCCUCCGGGGCGCUUGCAGCGGGCAGCUUCCUGGCGUUCAAGCUGCCGGAGACGCGGGGCCAAGUGCUGCAAUAGUGUGACCACACCCCUAGGGGGCGACAUGGGGGGUCAGAAUGAGUAAGCCACACUGUGAACAACAAGUAGCCCAAGAAACCCCUAAACUCUGCCCUGUACGCCCCAUUGAAGUCAGAGCCUAUUCACAGGAAUUAGUUCAAUGCAGAUGCUGCACAGAUCUACUAAGCUGUAAAUAUUGUGGAUUGCCUGAUAUUGGAUGUACUGUUUAGAUAGACACAUCUCUAUACUACUAAGAUCUGUGGAACUGUGCUGCCGAUGCUUGACAUUGAUCCCUAUGAAUAGGCUGUGAGUUGGUAGAGAAAGGGAAGUGCAACCAAACUAUGCCCCUAGACCAACAGAAGCUGUUCCAACUUGAAUCCUUGUUCAGUGCAAUCUUAAUCACUGAGUGUAUGUGUUUAUGAGGGUUGAGGAGGUAGUUUAGAUGCAGGUCCCCAAAAUGAAGACAGAUUACUGGGGUUAUGGGGUAGGGACAUGGGGUCUAGUUUAUGAGCCAUGCCAAUAGCCCGUAAUAGAAAUGACCACUAGCCAUCCAAUCCAUAUUCACACCAAUUUCUCUGAUAAGCUCAGCUCACUUCCCAUCUACAUGUGUCUACAUGGCUAUGGUAGAACGUCAGUCAUAAAUUAUACGUUAUGCCUUGAUUUGAACCAUUUUUGACUUAAUGGGUAAACCAAAACAUUCAGUUAAACCAAGGCCUCCUCAUUUUCAUACCUUCCAAGGUCUUGUGUUUAUUUUAUGUACAAAAUAACUGCCAUUUUAUAGGUUUUUAGAACAUUCCAGGUUGACUUUUCAUUGUGGUUUGAAUGAGACUGUUGAGAAACGUGAUCUGUUGAGCUUUUUCCCUUUAAAACAUUCUUUCGAGCCGUUCUAUAUCUCAAUCAAUCAUAAACGGCUGCUCAAAUCAAUCCUUCACAUCUCCAUUUCUGACAGUGUUGAAAUUUGUUCAGCCCACAUUGUUCGCCAUGUACAUUUUAGAACAGCACUUUUGUUCAAACAUUCCACAUUUAAAGCACAAAUGUUUGCUAAUGCAAAUAGGACUGUUGUCACAAUUUGUUUUCAAUAGUUAUUAUUAUUGUCACGUUUUAAACAAACGUUUAAAAGCCCACGGUUCAAGCGUCGUUCUUGCUUCAUGUAUCCUGUAGUAACAAAUGUCUUCUUUGUUCCAUCUGUCAUAGGUUUUAUGUUUUCCUCUUAGAAGAUGUGUUUUUGGAAAGUGGUAUGCAUAAGUGAAUUCGUGGACAAUUUGCCAGAAAGAUAGAACACAAUACGAAAAUGGCAUUGAAGUGUAUCAUGUUACUGUAGAUCAAUAAGUCAGAUGUUAGAUGCUGAAUCCAUGUCCUUUUCACGAGAGAAAUCACACUGCCUAUGAUAUCAUUUGCCUGUUCUAACAUUGACCUUGGAUUUCAGGAACAUUCUCGCAACCCUUAAACACAUCAAACCACUUUAAUGUGCACAACUGAAACAUACGUUUUCAUUUUUUGUGAUAUUGUGAAACAGGAACUAGAUGUUCAAAGUGGAGCGAAAAUCCUCAAAAUAAUGAAGUUGAAAAGAAGACACAAAGAUAUGGAAAGGAUGUAGUAAACUUCCGUGAAACAUUGCAACAAUAUUUUCAGUAGAUUCCAUUUGAUAUUUAUUUUGAGUUUGAAAGAUAUUAAGAUAUAUUUCAUAUUUAUUUAUUUAAGAUAUAUUUACUUUUGGGUGCAAUGUGUUUCAAAAGAGACUAUAGUGGUAAGGACAUAUAUGCACUGUCAUUAAAUACUAUCAUGUACAUCAUAGCCCAUAUUUUAUUAUUUAUUUUGAUAUGGGUGUGAGACUGCUUGUUUGCCUGUGCAAUAUUGAACUUUGACCUGCAAUAUUGAUGUGUUUUUUUUUGUGGAUUCUUGAUAGCUUGUUUAUUAGUUGUUUUAUUCGAUAUUUGGAGUAUGAUUAACUGAUGUGGCGAUACAAGUAAAAGCUGCUUUAUUGAUCGGAUGAUCAAAACGACAAUUAAACCUCGAUGAGAUGGGGAACAUUAUUGGAUGCUUAUGGGAAACAUUUCACAGAUCAUUGAAAUAGAAGUAGUAUAACUUUCCUUUGAUUUCCACCAUUGAAGCUUAGAACAUCAUGAUAUAUGGGUAUAUUUUAACAUGUUACACACCUCCGCUGAGGUUUUUAAUCGUACAUGAUAGACUUGGACUAAACACUCUGCUAAGGGCAGUGUCCUCAUGGGAUAUCUGAUCCAUAGAUUUCCUGAACAUUGGUUUGGUACCAAACAACGUUUCACAUUCCCCUUAUAGCAAGCACAUUGAUCAAGUGUGGUAUGUUCACAAUUGCAUGUUACAAAGAAACAAACUCAGAAAAGCAACAAAGCACUGAUUCAGCAACAAAGGAAAUGAUCAUAAACUGCCAUUUUUUUAGGAUAGCAGCCAUAUGUAGACUUAACAGCAUUCUAGAUAUAGACUGAUCCAUUGCACUAAAUGUACCUAGCUGUACAUGCACAGUUGUUAAUGCCUUGCAUUCUUCAAAA